CGACGACCCAUUGACUGGGUAGGUGGUCAUGUCGUCGCCGGAGGUUCCUGCGCAGCUUGAUCCUCUGGACAAGAUUUUUGCUGGGUUGAAGAACAAGAAUCCUGAGGUCAGACUGCAGAGUGCGCAGGAGCUCCGCAAACAUGUACGAAAUGUCGUUGUUGAGAUGUCUUCGGACGCAGCGGCUAAGCUAUGGGAGGAGCUGACCAACAAGCGACUUAUACCUUUGGCGCAUGGCCAAACGUCCAGCGAGAGAUUAGGAGCAAUCGUUGCAAUUGAACACCUACUGGACUUGGAGAAGGAGGAAACAAUCGAAACGAAGCGAAAUUGUUUUCGAUUCUACAAUUACGUCGCGUUUGCACUGCCGUCACCGGAUUACAACGUGAUGCAGACGGCGGCAGAGGCACUUGGCAAGAUCGUACAAUUUGGCGGUUCCUUGUUUGAUGAAGCGUUCAUGGAACUUGAAGUAGCGAAAGCUAUCGAACUUAUGCAAUCCGAUCGUCAAGAGCCUGGCCGCUACGCUGGUGUUCUGAUCCUCAAGGAACUGGCACUUCAUAAUCCGAUCCUUUUCAACAAGCAUAUCCUGCUCGUCUUUGAAAAACUUCUGAUCCCUUUGCGAGAUUCACGACUCAUCGUACGCGAAGCGGCCGCAGAUCUUCUUGCGGCGUGCUUGGAUAUCAUUACCCAGCGCGAGCGUCAAGCAAAGGCGCCGUUCUUGACAAAGAUAUUACAGGAUGCGCAGGCCGGAUUACGAACGGCUUCAGCGGAGGCUAUUCACGGUUCUUUAUUGACUUAUCGUGUAUUAUUGAUGCAUGCGGGUAUGUUCAUGAAGGAGGCGUAUGUGGACACCGCAGAAACCAUCCUGAAAUUACGGUCUCAUCGGGAUGCACUCGUGCGGAAGACCAUCAUUGCUCUCAUUCCGACACUUGCACUGUACGAUACCCAGACCUUCUCCGAGUAUUUCAUGCACAAGGCCAUGGGUCAUCUAUUGGAACAGCUUAACAGGCCUGCAGAGCGUUCCGUCGCAUUCACCGCUAUCGGCCAAGUUGCCACUUCUGUUGGGAGCGAUAUGAAGCAGUUCCUGGAGCCAAUUAUGGACCAGAUCAAACAGGGUCUGCAAUUGAGAGGGAAAAAGAAUGCACCUUCAGAGGAACCCAUGUUCCAAUGCAUAGGCAUGCUCGCCAGUGCCGUGGGCCCAAACCUCACAAAGCUUCUUCAUGAUCAACUUGAUCUCAUGUUUGCCUGCGGACUAAGCGAGCCACUGCGCCAGGUACUGGUUGCAAUCGCGCGACACAUUCCACCACUUCUACGCACAAUACAGGAUCGUCUACUUGACUUAAUAUCACUGACACUGAGCGGCCAAAAUUAUAAACCACUCGGGGCACCACCAACUUACCAACGCCCUGAAAUGGCGGCGAUCAAAGACAUUGCUGUUCAGCAGACUGGAGCCACCAAGGCUCCAGCAGAGAUACGCCUUGCCUUGGACACACUUGGAUCGUUUGAUUUCAGUGGGCAUAUCCUCAAUGAAUUUGUUCGUAGUUGUGCAGUCCCUUACCUAGAAGACGACCAUCCGGAUAUUCGUCAGGCAGCUGCACUGACAUGCUGUCGUCUUUUCGUCCGAGACCCCAUCUGUCAUCAAGUCAGCAACCACUCCAUCGAGAUCAUCAGCGACGUCCUUGAUAAGCUGUUGACGGUUGGCAUAGCCGACCCCGAUCCUGCCAUCCGUCUAACGGUACUUUCGUCUUUGGACGAGCGCUUCGACAAACACCUUUCACAAGCGGAGAAUGUUCGCUCCUUGUUCAUUGCUCUUAACGAUGAGGUGUUCGAAAAUCGCGUCACCGCUAUUGGUCUUGUCGGUCGCCUUGCUAUACACAACCCCGCAUAUGUGAUGGCUUCCUUAAGGAAAGCGCUUAUCCAACUUUUGACAGAGCUGGAGUAUUCUACAGUUGUGCGGGCUCGGGAGGAAUGCACAAAACUUUUGAGUCUGCUGAUCAAUGCAACUCAGCGGCUUAUCAAGCCGUAUGCAGUAUCCAUGCUUGUAACACUCCUUCCGAAAGCAAACGACCCGAACCCGACGGUCUCUGCGAACAUCCUAACGUGCCUAGGCGAACUUUCAUGCGUUGGUGGGGACGACGUACUCCCACUAGUUCCCCAGUUGAUGAAUACGAUUCUCGAACGGCUUACCGACCCCGUGCCUGUUAAGCGAGACGCUGCCCUUCGUACGCAGGGACAAAUAUGCUCGAGCACUGGUUAUGUCAUCCAGCCUUUGAUAGAUCAUCCAGAGCUCCUUCAGAUCUUGGGCCGUAUCCUAAAGACGGAUGCAGCUCCUGCAGUUCGACGCGAAGUUAUAAAGGUUUUAGGAAUUCUUGGGGCCAUUGAUCCCUACCGACGCAAGACAAGGCCUGAUGAUGAUCAAACAAGCGAGACUUCCGUGCAGUCAGCUAACACGGUCCUUCCGUCGACCACUUCAUCGACCUCAGAUGACUACUUCCAAACUGUUGUGAUCGGCCAUCUGCUUACCAUUCUGAGGGAUCAGGCCCUUAGUCAACACCAUCACACGGUGAUAGAAGCUAUCAUGUCCAUAUUCAAGACACAGGGCUUGAAAUGCGUAUCCUUCUUACCUCAAAUCAUUCCUGCCUUUGCCCAUGUCACUCGCAAUGCGAAAGCCGCUCGGAAUCAAGAAUUUCAUCUGCAGCAACUUGCUAUCCUUAUUGGUAUUAUCAAGGAACAUGUCCGGAAUUAUACUUUUGCUGUCUUCAACCUGGCGCAGAACCUUUGGGACAAUGCAGCCUUGCAGCUGCCAAUCGUUGGUCUCAUAGAAGCACUCGGUAAAGCUCUUGGAGGAGAAUUUAAACCCUUCUUGCCUACGAUUCUACCACUCAUGUUACGUGUCUUUGAUGGAGAUCUACUAGAGAAGAAGCAGGCUACACAAAUGAAGGUGCUUGAUGCAUUCUUAACAUUCGGCGCCAAUAUCGAAGAAUACCUGCACCUUGUCAUCCCCAUCAUCGUACAAUCCUAUGAGAGGCAGGAUGCAUCGAUUGCGCUUCGUAAGAAAGCAGUUCAAACAAUUGAUGGACUUACGAGAUGUGUAAACUUCUCCGACCACGCUUCACGCAUUAUACAUCCGCUUGUUCGCGCUCUCACUACUCAGAACAAUGAACUUCGUACAGCAGUCAUGGAAGCAUUGAGCUCACUGGUUCUGCAACUUGGAUCGGAUUUCGCAAUUUUCGUUCCUACCAUCAAUAAGGCUUUGUUGAAGAAUAGAGUGCACAACGCCAAGUACGAAGCACUCAUCACGAAGCUCCUGAACGGCGAGAGACUUCCCACAGAGGGUACCGGUUGGGAUGUUUUACGCCUUGAUGCUUCGAUGGCACCGGAAUUUGCACCUGCUGCGGAAUCGACAAAGAUGACCGUCAAUCAGCAACAUUUGAAGCAGGCUUGGGAUGUGUCUCAAGCUCAAACGAGGGAAGACUGGAAUGAGUGGAUGCACGGGCUUUCUGUGGAGCUGAUGAAAGAAUCUCCGUCACACGCAUUGCGGGCUUGCAUGCGCCUCGUUGGUGAUCACCCGCCACUGGCGCGCGCUUUGUUCAAUGCCGCCUUUUUGUCAUGCUGGACGGAGCUAUAUGACCAGUACCAGGAAGAUCUAGUCCGAGCGAUCGAACAAGCUAUCACAUCACCAACUAUCCCGACCGACUUAGCUCACAGGCUUCUGAAUCUCGCAGAAUUCAUGGAGCACGAGGACAAACCGCUUCCCAUAGAGAAUCGCACGCUCGGAGAAUACGCACUCAAGUUCCAUGCUUAUGCGAAGGCGUUACAUUACAAGGAGCUAGAAUUCUUCACGGAGACGUCGCCUGCCAUCAUCGAAGACCUCAUUAUGAUCAACACGAGCCUGCAGCAGCACGAUGCUGCGUGGGGUACUUUGACCCUUGCGAGAGAGCAGUACGACGUGUCGAAGCAUGAAGAGUGGUACGAACGAUUGGGACGCUGGUCAGAAGCCCUGUUGGCGUACGAUAGGAAAGCUCGAGAGGAACCCAACUCACAAGAACCUGUCUGGGGUAAGAUGCGAUGUCUGCAUGCACUUGGUGAAUGGGAGCAGCUCGCAGCUCAAGUGGACGAAAACUGGGCGAAUGCAACUAAUGAACAGCGUCGCGAUAUGGCUGGAAUGGGAGCGGCCGCCGCGUGGUCGCUGAAUGAGUGGGAUAACAUGGACGAUUUCAUCGCGGCCAUGAAGGGUGACUCACCCGAUAGAUCAUUCUACAAGGCCAUUCUUGCUGUUCACAGGAACCAAUUUUCUAAGGCUUUGACACACAUAAUGAAGGCACGAGACCUCCUUGAUCCGGAGCUAACGGCACUCGUCGGGGAAAGCUAUGGAAGGACAUACAAUAUUAUGGUUCGGGCGCAAAUGCUGUCGGAGUUGGAGGAGAUUAUACAGUACAAGCAAUAUGCAGACCAGCCUGAGAGGCAGGCGUAUAUGAAGAGGACUUGGAUGAAGCGGUUCGUUUCCAAUCUCUGCAACUUAACAUGUUGUAUCGUUCUUACUCGCCAUUUAAGAUUGCAAGGAUGCCAACCGGAGGUCGAGGUGUGGCAACGGGUGUUGCAAGUCCGAACGCUAGUGUCACAACCUGAGGAUGAUAGCGCUAUGUGGAUUAAGUUUGCAAAUCUCUGCCGCAAGUCGGACCGAAUGGUUCUUGCGGAUAAGACCAUCAAUUCCCUCCUCUGUGCAUCUACCGCUCAGUACAAGGAGACUGCACAUGUCAAGGCAGCCCCCGACGUUGUUUACGCACAGCUUAAGUUUAUGUGGGCAAACGAUGCGAAGGAAGAGUCGUACAGAUAUCUUCAAACGUUUACCAGCAGUUUGGCCCAUGACUUGUCGGAAGCUGCUACUGCAGUAGCGGGACGACCAACAGUACCAAAGCGGAAGCUAGAAGAUAUGUCUAAGCUACUUGCUCGUUGCUACUACAAACAGGGACAAUGGCAGCACGCUCUUCGAAAGAAUGUUUGGUCAGAGGACAACAUCAAAGACAUAUUACAAGCGUAUUACUUUGCAACGCAUUACGAUACAACUUGGUACAAGGCUUGGCAUACAUGGGCCUUGGCGAACUUUGAGGUUGUUGGCUAUCUGGAGAACAGAACUGAUCGGGCAGAUGCACUUCCAGGGACCAAUCUGGCCAUUCAUGUGGUCCAGGCAGUUCAAGGAUUCUUCCGCUCGAUACAACUACGGAAUGAGAACGCAUUGCAAGACACUUUACGACUUUUGACACUCUGGUUCAAAUUUGGUAGUCAUGACGAAGUUAGCGCCGCAAUGGCAACUGGAUUCAGUAUCGUCGAUGUCGAUACCUGGCUUGAUGUGGUCCCUCAGAUCAUCGCUCGUAUUCAAACGCCAAGCACAAAUAUCAGGCGUAAUAUCGACAUGCUGCUCACGGAAGUCGGGAAACAUCACCCACAAGCUCUCAUUUAUCCGUUAACGGUGGCUUCACAGUCUUCUAGCCUUUCUCGAAAGAACGCAGCCUUGGCAAUUAUGGAUCGCAUGCGUGACCACAGUGCGACCAUCGUUGAGCAGGCUUUACUGGUCAGCCAGGAACUGAUUCGUGUGGCCAUACUUUGGCAUGAGCUGUGGCACGAGGGCUUGGAGGAGGCAUCCCGUCUGUACUAUACAGAGAAGAAUCCGGAAGGCAUGAUCGCCGUACUGGAACCAUUACAUGAGAAGCUUGAGAAGGGUCCGACGACUACGCGUGAAACCUCCUUUACCCAAGUCUUCGGUCGAGAUCUUCGAGAAGCUCGUGAAGCAAGCCGACGAUACUUGCGAUAUGGUGAUCCUACCGAACUUGAUAAAGCUUGGGAAAUAUACUAUACAGUAUUCAGGAAGAUUGAGAAGCAGAUGCCUCAGCUUGUCACAUUGGAUCUCCAAUAUGUGUCUCCCGAGCUUUUGAAAGCCCGCAAUUUGGACCUGGCCGUACCAGGUACAUACCAAAGCGGGAGUGACGUCAUCACCAUUGUAGGGUUCACGAGCAAGCUUACCGUAAUAUCUUCCAAACAACGGCCUCGACGACUAUCGGUGAAGGGUAGCGACGGACGUGAUUACAAUUAUCUCUUGAAGGGACAUGAAGACUUGCGCCAGGAUGAACGUGUGAUGCAACUAUUUAGUCUAGUGAAUACGCUCCUUUCGAUAGACACAGCAUCCUUCAAGCGCCGAUUGCACAUACAACGCUACUCUGUCAUUCCUUUGGCACCAAAUGCUGGACUUAUUGGGUGGGUCCAAGAUUCAGAUACAUUGCAUGUUCUUGUCCGCGAUUAUCGGGAUUCCCGCAAAAUCCUGUUAAAUAUCGAAUAUCGGCUCAUGCUUCAGAUGGCACCAGACUACGAGAGCCUUAUUUUGCUACAGAAGGUCGAGGUCUUCGAAUAUGCUCUUGACAACACUACAGGGCAAGACCUAUAUCGAGUACUCUGGCUUAAGAGUCAAAACUCCGAGCAUUGGUUAGAACGACGCGCUACGUAUACACGAUCACUAGCUGUCAACAGCAUGGUUGGCCAUAUUCUUGGUCUAGGAGAUCGACAUCCGUCCAACGUGCUCCUAGAGCGGCAAACCGGGAAGGUAGUCCACAUUGACUUUGGAGACUGCUUCGAAGUUGCUAUGCUUCGGGAGAAGUUCCCAGAGAAGGUUCCUUUCCGGCUGACGCGGAUGCUCACUCACGCCAUGGAAGUCAGCGGUAUUCAAGGCUCCUUCAAGAAUACAUGCGAAAUCUCCAUGCAAGUAUUGCGCGACAACAAGGAAUCAUUGAUGGCUGUGCUCGAGGCGUUCGUGUACGAUCCAUUGAUCAACUGGAGACUUCUGCAGGCGGAUGUGAAUAACCGAGGUGACGAUGCCAAUGAUGCCACACGAGCCGAACAACUCGCUCGUGUCUCUGGCUAUCCUCAGGGACCAACGCGGAAACUGAAGGCUGAUGAGAAUGAGAUCUUUAACGAAGCCCUCGGCGAGCCUGGUGCAAGACAAGAAGUGCGCAACGAACGAGCGUUGUUCGUGUAUAAUCGUGUGCAGCACAAGCUGACCGGUCGCGACUUCAACCCGGACGUCGAGUUGACUGUACCACAACAGGUCGAGAAGCUCAUCAGUCAGGCCACGUCACUCGAAAAUCUAUGUCAAUGCUUUUCAGGAUGGUGUGCAUUCUGGUAGACAUAGACGGAUUUUACGACGGCAAUCUUCACGACCUAUCUUAUGUAAUGUUGCUAUUUCUGCAUACUACGUUGUGUACUAUGUAUUAUUUCGAUUGUGUUAUGGUUUUCUUCAUAUGGGACAAACACGAUUUUGUAUCAAUACUUAUUUACUUAUAUACAACAUUAGCUAUCAUGAGGAACUUAUAGGUCCAAGUGAGACCAGACCAAUAUGAGUGACGAAGCAUGAUCAUCGUCCGAUACUAGACUACCGAUACCAAAGAGUACGUUCAAGAAUAAUUUAAACUCGUAAAUGGGAAAGGGUCUACUAGAUCAAUUAAAGACUACGAAUCGUCCGUUCCAAGAGUCAAUCGUCUGAGUACCAAGUUCGCGACGACUGCACCGUUCAGAGGAAUAUCAUUUCCUUGGAAACCUUCUGGAUAAUUUUGUUGGUGCGGGACGUUUGGCUGCGUGAAGGUUACGUUAUCCCAAACACCAUAAUGCGUCAUCCCAAGCGCCCGAGUAGUGUAUUCAUAAUCAUAAGCGAAUCCCUUAGGGUAGAAGAACUCGAUGACGGUCGAUCGUGGAGUCGGUCGCAUCCAAAUAAGAGAAGUCAAUCCAUUACCAUGUAAACCCAUCAUAAUCGUAGUCCGUGCAGCAAGCUGCAGCUGCUCCGCACGAGAAAGCUUAUCCAUGCUAACAACAUUCACUUCAUAGCCGUAUCUAUCGCGAAGUUUGUAUAAUUCGGCUACUAGAUUCUCGUGGUCCUCCUGGCGAAGCAUACGACGUCCCCAACCUUGACGCGAUACGUAGGUAAUGACGUACUUCUCGUUCUCCGUACGUACUCCAGGAUCAGGACCCGUAAUCCAUUCGGCGGGGGCACCGCUAAAUUCGAGUACGCUUUUACGGAGUGGCGCCCACCAGUGCGGGCUGCCGCGAAGGUCAAAUGCGCUACUCGAAGUGCGGAAAGUCGCCUUGUACGCGUCGCUCUCAUGUGCUGCUGCACGGUCACCGAUCACUACGCGGUCAUAAACGAAGGGAACGUUCAUAGCAGCGCGGUCGUCCCAAUCCUGGGAGAACUCCAUUCCGAGAGAAGGAAACGCGCCACGAAGGACCCAUUGGUUCAUUUUAGCGUAGUCCCGCCAGUCUGUACUUGCGACGUGCCGAAAGAUAAAACGACUGGGAGGCGGAAGCG